CGUCUGUUUAAGUGUCUCAUUACUCUUAAUUUACGUGUUUAACUUAAGUUCUCGUCGCACAUAAGUCUUAUUAGAUACAUUUAUGGUAUUAUCUUAACUCGUUACUGUAAUCGUUAUCCUAAAGCUUCAGCUACAGACGGCACACGUUUGAGGAGAUGCGUUUUGUAAUAGGUAUGCAACUAAGCAUGAUAAUGGCGUAAUAUUCACAGCCUACUUUCCCCUAACGCAUUAAAAAAAAAAAAGUGUUCGCUGUAUGAACUGACAACUGAACGAGGCUACUGCUAAACAUAGCUCAGUCACCCACACAGUCGCGUGCGGUUACUGGCUGCGAAGUGGCUGGCUUGGUGUGGCUGCAGUGUUGACUGUGUCAGCUUUAGGAGGCAAGAGCGCCCUGACAUGCAGAGGCCAGUGACACAGGCGCAGUGCAAGUCUGGCAGCAUGUCAGGCGGGGAUGGGUGCUCCCGUGGUGAACGGUAGUAGGGAGAUCGAUCGACUACGAGCGGUAGUCUUGAUAUGGUCGCCCUUUGUGCCCUAGCGCCUGGUUGCUGGGCAUGUCCUGUACAUUACAAUCAACACGAAAGGAGAAAGUGCAGCUGAGGUUUUGGUGUGCAUAUUGUUUAUGUAAACACACCAUCUCAGCAUCUAUGGUAUCCUGUUCCAUCAAAUUUGAAGCUGCACCAGGAUGCAGCGCUACUUUCCUGUUGUUAAAUUUAGCUCAUCAGGUUGCCUUGGGGAAAGGUACUCUUUAUGCAUCUGUUGUUUCACAGUCUGUUCAGUGUUGAAGAAAAUAAGGAUUUGUGAAUGUGGCAAGCUGAUGGUGGCAAGAUUCUGCAGCAAUACUCAAGCCACCAACAAAUCCCAUCAGCUGCUGCAUCAUGUCUGAUGCUGACAUCAUGGCAGAGGCUUAUGCCAGUCCAGCUGAGAAUACCACUGGACAGCAUCCCAGCGUUUCUCCAGCAUCUAAACCACCUACACCUGUGGGCGCUCGUCGUUUAUCUGGCAUUGUGGACUUGUCUUCAAGUGGCUCUGAAUCCCAGAGUGCAGAAAAUGGGAUCCAUGGCCCAUCAUACCCAAAUUUAGUGGGGCUUAGUGGGGCCAACAUGGGAAAUGGUGGUGGGCCAUCUGCCAGUAAAUUAGCAUGCCGUUACUGUGGUAAGACAUUUUCACAGGCUGGAUAUAUCAAGGCACAUGAGCGUUUGCAUACAGGAGAAAAGCCAUUUUCAUGCUCUGUGUGUGGCAAAAGGUUCAGCGAUCCAUCAAACUGGAAGAAGCAUGAGCGUGUACAUGCCAACCAGUCACGGAAAGCCCCAGGCCCCCCUUCAUCUUCGGAUGUAGCUCACAAGGUAAAAAACUUGUUUCUGAAGUCAGUCAAUUCCAUAGUUUCAUCCUCCCUUCAACAGCGUCUGGCAGCACGCAGCAGUGGUGCAGAAGGUGGUUGGGUUGGGGGAAGCAACGGUCCUAUAGUGUGCAAAGUGUGUGGAAAAAUCUUUUCUAGCCAAAGCAGCUUGUCCACUCAUAGGCGUAUUCACACAGGAGAACGCCCUUACAGAUGCAGAGUGUGUGGCAAGAGUUUCACACAAGUUGGCACACUUCGCACACAUGAGCGUGUGCAUACAGGUGAGAAACCUUAUGUGUGCCGAGUCUGUGGCAGAACCUUCGCUCAGUCAGGUUCAUACCGCAUGCAUGAACGACGUCAUGCCACGGAUGCCACACAACGCUGCCAUGUAUGUUAUACUACUUUUCCAACAUGGAGGGAGCUUCAGCUGCACAUGGCAUCUCAUCCACAGGCACAGAAUGGCAAAAAAAACUGGGUGUGGCCUGUUGGAAGUCUUCUUUCUUCUUCCCUUAACUGGUACUGGUCAGACUGGGAGAAAACCAGCCCAUCUGUGGGGCUGACUUGCGAGUAUCACUCACUGGGGAACAAGGUUUCCAGAACAUUAAUGGACUCAAUGGAUGAAGGUCCAUCUAUGCUUCCACCACAUAUGGAAAAUGGAGAUGGUCCUCCUCGACCCCCUUUGCUAGCUGAUCAUAUGAUGUUGGAUAGUGAUAGUCCUUUUCCUGGCCCAGCUCACCGCCACCAUCACCACACACCAGUCUUCCACCAUGCCAGUCAGCUGCCUCCGUUCUCAUCCAUUGUGCCAUUUCGCACCCCACCAUUCCCUACUCCUCUCAACAUUUUUACAUCACAAGCCCUGUCACUAUCUCAACCUGGAGAUUUUAUCACUUCCAGUCCUCUCUUUCAGCCUGCUCCAGCACUUGCACUGCCAGCACCCCUCAAAGUUCUGGAAAUGCCAUCUUCACCUGGUCCUGGAGAUUCUGAUGUUGUAUCCACAACUUCCCAGCUUAGGAAAUAUGGCUCAGACUCGCAUAUGUCAACUACAGUUUCUACACCAGAGGUGCAGCCUGAGAUAAUAGCAGCACAAAUGGAUGCUGAAACAGGGGAUGCUCUUCCUCCAAGUCAACCUCAGUCAAGUGAAUCGAGUGAUGCAGGCUCCCAGUCACCUGAAGAAGGGGGCGAUGUAAAUGGGGAUGAUUUUUCCCUUCCAAAACGCUGCAUUGAACGCCAAAACCUGAAUACCCGCAUGAUGGGGUCAUCAUCACGUAAACAACGCCAUCCAAUGCGUCGAUACAGCAGUGCUAGUAGUGAGCAUGAGGUGCCACAGUCCACAUCUUCUGCAGCCUCUUCUUCACUUCCUAUCAGUUCAACUACUCGUGAUCCUCGUGAAAUGGAAGACCAGGGUCUUGUAUCAUAUCUCAUCAACAAGGGCAGAGUAUACAAAUGCGAACAUUGUCGCAUAAUCUUUGAUGAUUGUACACUGUAUUUGCUGCACAAUGGUUUUCACUCCCAUGAUGCACAGCCCUUUCGUUGUGGCAUUUGUCGAGCAACUUGCAAUGAUCGCAUUGAUUUCAACUGCCACCUGACUAGUCACAUCAACUCUGCCAACCAGAAUGGGGCUGUGUCUGAAGGAACAUCAUGAGGCGUCAAGGAUCAGUAUUGACCAUGCUGGGUAGUACUGCUGCAACUGCUGCCACUUCCACCUGCACCUUAUUUACCUGCUCAUGAGACACCACUCCACAUCCUUAGGUAGAUUCCAGGUCAGCCAGAAGGCAGCAGUCCCAUUUUGUGGGCACAUGGCAGGCAUCGGGUCGGCAGCUCAAGCCACAGUGGAAAUAUUGUUACCACUGUAUGGUACAUACAGGACAUAACAUGAGUGGCAGUAGUGCAGAUGAAAUGCUGCUGUUGCAUCUAUCUGCCUGUACCAUCUCAUGCUGAAUUAAAUCACCAGGACCAAACAGAUCUGCUAGUGUAUUGCCUAGCAAACACAGCUUGGUAUUGGUUAUCAUGAAGGUCAUUUGUUGUUUCUUGCAGUGCUUUUUACUUAUUGUCUUCAAGACAAUGUUUUAAAAUGUGUGUAAUUUUAUAAAGAGAAAUUCAAAUAAAAAAUAUAGUGUUUGAUCACACCAUUGCAUGCAUUAACAUGCAUAUACAAAAUACCCAUGCAUGCAUUUAUUCACAGAUGCAUGCACAUAAGCAUAUUUUGAAACAUUACCUGCUAGUCUUGAUUUAAAUCGUUCAGAUUUUUGACUUUCAAAACUCUCAUUGGUAUCAUAUUCACUGUCUCGCUAUGUACAGGGCAGACUACAUUUAUCUGAUCAUAGAAAUGUUAGUGAGCAAUUUAAUUGCUUCACAAGUGUUUUGUGUUUAUCAUAAUUUUGCACCCUGACUCAAAACCUUUUCCUUCAUUCAUAAGCUCAAAGAGCUUAUGAAAAAAAAUGUUCCAUUUUGGGAUUUUGUUUUUUGCUGUUUGUUUUUUGUUUAUGUUUUUUUUGUUUGUUUUUUUUUUUUUUUUUUGGUUUUGUUUUUAAAAGACUCAGUGUUAUUCCCAAAGGGAGAUUUUGUAAAGGGUCCAUAUGCACAAUUGACCAAGUGUUGUCUGAUAAAGGAGACACCAUAAUUGCAAUUCUGUUUUCAGUGUUUUAAAGGCAUGUUGUCAGCAGUGCUGAUUUGCAGAAUGUUGCUGCUGGCAGCAAAGGGACAAGUGCGGUUGCCUUUGACAAUGUCAACAAUCUUUCUAAUUUGCACAUCUAUUAGAUUUACCCCCCAAAAGUGAGAAACCCAUAUACCACAAAUUUGUUUUACAUUUCAUUGCCCACUUAAUAAGGGAAUUUAGUAAUAAUAAAUAAAAUGCUUGUUAUGCUUUGUGUCACCAUUCUCUUGCUCUCAAUUUUUCUGAUACAGCCCUUUCUCCCUCAUUUGCAUUCUCACACAUAGUGCAUGCAUUCAUAUGCACAUAACCAACCAUAUAUAUAUUCACACCCAAUAUAGAAAGGAAAACGAGUGUGUGUGUGUGCUGUUUGUAAGAGAGAAUAUAUUAAUGACUGCACAUGCAAAUGAGGGGAAGAGCAAGGGUGGUCAGGAUGGUGGAAAGGGGUUGGGGUGUGUUUAAAUAGAGGAAAGGGAAAAACCUUCACAUAGAUUUUGGCAGUUGAAUGAAAAAUACUUAUUUGAUAAUGCAAAGUAGCUUUUAGAAACCUAUAAUUUUAAACUCAUUUUCUGAUGAAUUUAAUGGUGUGUUGAUACUUAAAUAUAUCCAGUCUUCUAAAACCAUUAAAGUGAGCCUGUAAAUCUAGUGUGCAUUAAUGUAUUUUAAUAUGCUUCUGUUAUAGUUUUUUUUAAAAGCAUUUCAUGAAAUCUUUAGAUGAGGUUGGUUAGAAGUGCAUUAAUUUUAAAACUGGUCUUUGCUCAUGUUGACAUAUUGGCUCAGCAUGUAAAUAGGAUGUGAUGCUGUCAGUUUUAAAUCAUUAUCACUGAUUUUAAUUGUGCACACUUGAAAAAAUGCCACUGGGCAUAAAUGAAAUUCAGAUACAAAUGCUUAGUUUUUCAAUUUAUUUUUUUCAUUGAAUAGAUCAUUAAUAGUCAUUGGAUUACUUUAGAAUACAUAGAAUGUCUUUUAUUUGUAUUAUAUUAUCAUUCAUAUUAUUAUUGUUAGAAAUUGCUGUUGUUCUGGGAUUGAUCAUACCAGUCUUCUUUUGAUGAAGGUGUUUAACAUUUUCCCCUUUAAGAAGACUGGUAAAACAAAUGUACUAGGGGCUAGGAAAUAUUAAACAAUUGACAUAUCCACUAGGAGGUUGUGAACAUAAUUUUCCAGGUUUCUUUUACAGUUUCUGUCUGUUUAAUUUUGUUUGCACAAAAACCAUUGAUGGCCUAGAGAAGUCUAGAAAAGGUUUAUGUUCUGUAGAAAGCAACAAAUUAGUGCAUUUGUAUGGAAGACAAUCACAGAUGGGAUCUGUACGGGGGAAAAAAACCUAAAGGUCUACCAGAGGGCAAUUUUAUUUUUGCAAAUGACUGGUGACUUCAGUGCAACAUACUUUAUCUCAAAUAUGAGUGAACAAAUCACUUCCAUUAUCUAGUUGCACAUGCAGAGUCAAAAAUCAAGAAUGUACAUGAAAAUGCAUUCAUUUUAAGGUUAUUGGCAAUAAAAGAGCUGGCAUACCCAUGGACAUUUGUGACACCAUAGUGUAACUUCCUCCUGUGCAUGGUUCUGGCUUAUACUGCUAUGAGUCUCUGUAUAGUUUUAGAUGUAUGUAUUUGAACACAAGGUGCUAUUGUACAGCAUGGAUGCGCUGCACUGGAGAGAACUUCAUGUCAUCACAUUUGUGUUCUGUUUAUAUGUUAAGGGUGGUGGGGGUGGGAAGAUAAAGCAUGUUUUGCACUAUAUGGGACAAAGAAAAAAAUUCUUCUGGGCUGGGUUACAGUCUGCAAUAUGCCUGCAUUUGCAAGUGUGCUGACUGCAUCGUCAGACGUAUCACUAAUGUGAAAAUAGAGCAACCCAUAAAACCUGAUGAGUAACCCUAUAUGUUUAUUAGAGAUGAAAGGCUGUUUAUUACCUAAUCAUUAGCAAAUUUUUUAAAUCUUUGUUUUUAUUUAGUUUUCUUCACCCCAUUUUUCUUUUUCUUCUCUCACUACAGUCAUUAGCUUUGUAGUCUGAGAAAUAGAGUGGGCUUCUGUUGCCUUAGUUUUACUGUGGCCUUUUCAAUUCAUCUGGCCUUUCCUGUUUUCCUAUAGCUGAUGCUAUAAAUGUGCACAGGGUGACUUCUGUCUCUAAAUACUAAUUUUUUUUUCAUAUAGUUUUAUUUAAUAGGCCAUAGAAUAUCUGAUUUUCUCAAAGUACUUUUUCUUCAGUUUAAUGGUUCACUGCAAUUAUCUCAGUUUAGACUUCCAUUUUGACAACUGUCUUUUAGAUGUGUGUGGAUUUGAUCAGUGGGUAUAUUAUAGUAGGAAAAAAGGUCAGAUGCAUGCUGGUAAUCAGUAGUGGAGAAAUGCCUAUCCUUAAAUCAGCAAAAGUGAAUGGAUGGCAUUGACUUUUCCACAUUGUUUCCAGUCUGUAGCUAUGAACCACUUUUCUCAAAGUUUAACAAUAAUUAUUGCUUCUUUACUGGCUUGUCUUUUUUUUUAACCCCUAGUUUCCAGUUUUGCAGCAACCUCACUAGCAACAAACUCAUUUGCACAUUAUUUCUACCCCCUUUCUUGCUCAUAUGUGGAAAUAUUUCAUGCAGUUCCCCACUGAAGAAAAAAUUAUAUCUAAAAUAUCAGUCAAAAGUAAAACAUUAAAUAAAUUUAUGUGAAACAGAUUUGAAGUGUGACAAGUUCAAGCAAAGGUAGGUUAUGAUGCACUAAACUAAAAACAAUAGUCCAUUCAAUAGCAACAACCAGUGUAGUCCGAAAUUAAAUAUUAUGUAAUAUAAAAGCAUAGAAUUCAAAUUGUUUACACUUGAAUUUUCUGCUUUUUUUAAAAUGUUGAAUGUGUGAAUCUGUAAUGUGGCUGCAUACUGUUUGGUAAAACAUGACCAGCCACCAUGAAGCUAUUGUCAAAAUUCAUGGACUGAAUUAAGGGAUUACAGUAGAUUGUACUGGAACUCAAUGGGCAUCUUAAGCUUGAAAAGUUUUUCCUUUUGUUGUUAUCUUUUAAGCUUAUCCUCAAAAGCUUGCAAACACAUAAAUACAUGCUAAUGGUAUAUGAAUUUGUGAGUGUGGGAUGUAUGCAUGAACAGUAGGCACAUGCAUGCAUACAUAAAUUGUUUUUCUCUCACUGCCAUGCCACCCCCAUCCCCAAUACCCCACCCCCAAAAAAUAUUCAUGUCAUGCAUUAUAUUUUUAAAAUUUAUAUAUUGAAAAGACAAAUCUGUGUUGUGCAGGUUAGAAAGUUCUGUUGCCAAAACAAAGAUGAUGGUAAAAAGCACAAAGUACUUGGAUUGUUUAUUUGAGUAAUGGUGAAGUUAGCAGAUAAUGCUUGCAAUUAUUUUUUGAGUGUUUGUUGUAUUCUCUUGUGCCUUGGCAAAAGAAAAAACAACAAAUCAGACGGAAGCUGAUAAAUAUGCUAUUUUAUGAAGUGUUGAUAUGAAAUUGUUGAUUUAUCCCUUGAUAAAUUUCUUUUUAUCAUCUUGUCAGGAUCACUUUUUAUUUUCUUGUGUACUUUCUUUUGACAAUACUCGAAACCUUUUUGCAAUGUUUCUCCAUGACAUUGUCUCCUUAAAUGAAUGCAAAAUUUUAAAAAAAGUAAUCUUAGAUGCUUUCUUCACAGAUAUCUUGGAAACACAUGUUGCAGCUUGAUUGGCUUAUAAAGUUAUUUUAAAAUGUUUCUCAAAUAUUAAAGACAGUAGUUUCAGGAGCACUAAAAUGAUGGUAAUCAUCAACUGUUCUAUGAAUACUUCUUAGAAGGUAAUUUUGUUGGUCAAAAUGAAAAAAUAUGAUAAAAGACUUGCUUUUUUGUUGACAUAUCAAUUGUUUCUUUUAAAUGCAAUCACUGGCUGUGAAGAAAUGCCAUUGUUUUGUAAUUUUUUAAAAACGUUUUCUGUGUUCCUUUCAAACCUGAAGUUUUUCAGUCUAGUAGUCAUCACAUUUAGUUCCAGCAGGAUUUUUAAAGUAAGUGCAAUUUCUGUAUUUAUGCUGAAAUGUAGGCAGUGCUUUAUGAAGGUAUAGUAAUGCUUAUAAAGUUAGACAUAUCAUAUAGCACAAAGUUUAGGUUAGUGCCAAUAUAUAUUUCAUAUUUCAAAGGAUGUUUGCAGAAAUAGAUAUUGAAGCAUGAGGAUUGUAUUUUUGUAGCAAUGUGACAAAUGUAAUUCAUAGAAUAAAAAUGCAUAAACAGAUCUGCAUAAACAAUGUUCUUAGAUCUGGCUUAAAAAAAAAUUGUUUUGGAAUUUGUCUAGAUUUGUUAGGAAUAUUGGGAUGAGAUUGGUUUAGUGAGUGUUAUGCACUUGUAUGACAGUUUCAUGAUGUUUAUAAAAGAAGAAAUGCUUUUUUUUUUUUUUUAGGAGACUUGAAAAGUUUAUUCUACUUCAGAGUAGAUUCAUAAUUUUGAAUUAUAUUAGCUAUGAGAAAUGAAUUGGAGGGGAAGGGGUUUUUUGGGCGUACAUGUAGGGCUGCACUUAUUAUUCUUAUGUGAAUCUUUGUAGGCACACAGCUAUACCGCCUGCAGAAUUUAGUUCAUUUUAUAACAUCUUUGCAUAUCAACAGCUUAGUUGUAUCUAUUUUGUGUUCAUGUUCAAUGAAGCAGUAUUUUAAUGUGAAUGUUAAAGCACAUUAUACAAUUUUAGAUUUGAUAGAAAUAAUAUUUCUUGCUUAUCUUUGCAUGGUUAGUGAUGAUGCAAUUUGCAGCAGAAAGCACCAAGAUGUGUCAUAUAGUCCUGAUGUCUUUUUUUUCUGAUAUUUUAUCAAAUAUUUUGACAGUUUGUGUUACUGCUUUCUUGUAUUUCAGUGCACACAGUGUGUGCAGUCAUUGAGAACUAAAUGAAACUUUAUCACUUUGAAGGAAAGUAGUAUUCAUUACCAAGUGAUGACACUAAAUGAAGUUCUGCCUAGAUUUUACAAGUACAGGGCAAUUUUCCCUUUUCAUUUAUAGAUUUUUUUUAAACAUGUAUCCAUAAGCAUGCAUACACAUAUUUGAUAUACAUCAUGUACAAACUCUUUCUCUUCACCACCUUUCUCCCAUUUUCACAGGUGAGACUUUAGAUGUUUUUUUUUUUGUUUCAUUAUGUUUUACCUAAAUAAGAUUCUGUCAGCACAGAGCAAACAUCAACUUCUUUGUACACACUUUGGUAUAUAAAUAUGUAUGCACGCAUGGGUGUGUCUCUAUUAAAAGAGAUUUGUUAAAAGAGUAGAAGACAUAGCAGGUUAAAAAUCAACAUGUGAGCUCUAUUAAAUUUUUGCAAAACAUUUAAAAGUAAUUAAGAAGAGACUAAUAACGAUAGAUAAGGAGAAAAGAAGGACAAUAGGGAAAGAUUAGGAAGUACAUAAUAAAUAUAGAGAAUAACAUGAAGAUAGUAAGUGCACUGGAAAUAAUUGAUAUGUAGUGAUUUACGAAGAGAUUAUUGUGUCAAAUGCUUCAAAGAUAAAAAACUUUACUAAAAAAAGAUAUACUGAUGUGAAUAGACAGCAGAGAGGACAGUUGUGAUAAAUCUGAGAAUAAAUGGUAUACAAAAUCACUAAGAAAGACAAAAGUAGGAUGGACUGGAAUUUUUUAAGUAAGGGUUGGUGAUGAGAACAAGAAUGAUAGGAAAUUAUGUCAACAUUUGGGAGUAUCUGCCUGAAUAUUGAGAUUAUUAUAGGGAUCAGCUGUGAAAGUAUGGGACUAGAUGAUAAUGCCAGAAAAAAAGAGAGAGAGACCAAGAUUACAGAUCAAAAUGUUUUCUUUGUCAGAAUAAAGAUUACUUACCAGAAGAGGAUUUAGGAUUUUUUUAGUGUAUGCAGUGAGGAUAAUUUACUGAAAUAAAAAGCUGAUCUACUUUGUAGGUAUGUGUAUUCAUGGGGGGAAGAAUGUGAUUUAGUAUCUAAUAUUGUAGCUACCAUCCACCCACCCAAAGAAUAAAAAUACAUGUUGCCCGUUUCCUCCCUGUCAUGACUGUUUAUUUUCAGUUAGAAUGCUUGCAUUCAAAAUCCACCUCAUUUUACCAGAACAAAUUCCAUUUAUAUUGUUAUGAGAUCAGGUUGUGUCAUAUUAUUCUUAAACUCUAAUAAGAAGUUAAUCUGUUCUAACCAGUGUGCAUAAAACAGCAUUUAAAAUGGUAAGGAAAAAGGAAUACUUGAUUGCUAUUUUGCUUGUCACACUAGUUGACAGUAAAUCAGAUUCUUGCUCUUGUGUAAAAAUUAACUAGAGUUCAAAAUGUAUUAGAAGGAAUUAAAUACUGUACAAUGCAUUGCUAUAACAAGAAUAAUGUAUGCAACAUGCUGUGACAUUCACCUGUUGCCUUAGGGAGUCUGAAUACUCUAAUUUUGAGUGUUUAAUUUCAAAUCUGAACAAAUUACCUUUCAUUUUUUAGCUAGAAGUCUUUAAAUAGCAACAUUUGUAAACAGCUUUUUUGAAAAGUGUCAAACUUGCUCCUGUGAUGUCACUAGUGUUGAUUUGCUGUAGAGGCAAGGCCUCAUUAAUGUGCUAUAAACCUCUAAACUUGACUGCAGCUUCACAUAAUACAACCGAUCUCAUAGAGAUCAAAAUGAAAGUCAAGGUUAUGAUUAUGUUUUUGACUCCACAUGCAUAUUUUGACAAACAAAUGACAAAGAAUGUUUUGUUAAGGGAAUCUGGGGCUUGCUUUCACAUUCAGCUUAUCAUUUCCCGUUUGUUUUUUUUUGGUUCAGAGGGCACGCAUAUGACCAGAGUGCACUGUAGUGUAAGCACAUGAAAAAAAGGAUUCACAUAGCAGCAGAUUGUUGGAACUACUGGAGAUGGAGGAAAUGAAGUAGAGAUGUUGUGUUGUGGUAGACAUAAUAUGAAAACAGAAUAGAUGUUAAUAUGGCAGUAAGAAAAGAAGAAACUGAGUAAACUAGACAGUAGAACAGGAACCAUUUAAGUAAAAAAACUGAAUGAGAAUGAAAAUUUUAGAAAAUGCUAAGAAUGAAGGAUGAUUGAAAAUCAUUUGCUAUAAAGUGUGAGGAAGACAAUAUUUUGAAAAUGUUUUUAUGUCUGAAGGUUGUUCCUCAGAUAAACCUGUAGCUUAUUGGGUGGUAAAGUUUUAUGAAACCAAAUGUCAAAAAUGAUCCAUGUAUUUGCUUUUUAUUGAAAUUAAUAAAAUAAUUUAUCCCAGAAAGCAAAAAUUUUAAAAAAUAAACAAGUGUGAGGAAUAAGUAGAAAAGUACACACAACUUUUUUUUAAAAAUUAAUGCACUUCAAAUGCCUAUGAUGGAGAAACAGUUUUUGUGCCAUAUUUUUCACCACAGUUGCCCAUCCUGCCCUUCAGCCUUGUUUCUGAAAUGCUUUGUAUAGCAAUAAGAGACAGGGUUCUUUUGGAACGAAUAUGAUCUGUUUACUGUUAGCCUUUUGGUGCUUUGUUUUGCUUUUUAUAGACCGGUGCUGAAAUUGUUUUGUUCUAUUUUGCUGAGAAAUACUUUAUUGCACUGUUUUUUGUCAUUUAAUGUACUACUUGCUCUUUGCACAGUCGUGAGACAGUGGUCACAGUAUUCCAAUGUUAAUAUGCAUCUUGAUUGCUAUGUACAGACAAAAUGUUGUAGGUUGUGAUAAUUACAGUAAAGGCAAGUCUCUUGUAAUCAAAAACAAUGUUUGGUAAGUUUAAUGUAACUUAGCUGUUGCUGAAACAUCAGUGACAAUUUGUUCUCAGUGAUGUUUGCUGCAUGCCACAGCAAAAGGUCAGUAUCAUUCCAGAUCUUUCAGGUGGCUGGAAAGAAGUGGCUGAAGAAAAACACUUUCAGUUUAAAACUGUCAGCUACUUUGUGCUCAUGAUGUAGCAUUAGUUUGUAUACCGCACUGUGAACUAGCCCAGUGUAUAUGCCAAGAAACUUUAGAAGCCAGUACUGUAGUUUUGACUAUGGCAACCAUAUGAUCUAGUCCUCCAGACAACAGGGUCCAUCUUUUCUAUCUUGUCAUCUGUUUUAACUCUGACAAACAAGCUGCUUUUGUCAUUGUUUUUCUGCCCCUGUUGGUCUGGCCUGCAGCAAGAUUUGUCAGAAGUCUGUAAACUUUCUGGAUGUUGGUUUCUGGUAUGCUUACCAAUUGCUUUGCAGUUGGCUUUUGCCAAGAACUGCUGUAUGUGUAGACUUUUUUCCUUAAUGUAAAAUUGUUGCAGAAUACAUGCAUAUGUACUUAAUUUUGACUAUCUUUUCUCAGACUAUGUCCACACACUAUAUGACGUUUGGUUGUUUGACCAGCCUGUGUAAUGCCUGUUAAGGCUUUCAUUGGGUUUUAUUUUUAUUGGAAGGGGUGGGUUUUGCAGGGUAAUACAUUUUGUCACUUUGCUAUAUGAUCACGCUGUCUUCAAGAAAAUUCUUAAAAUGUGGAGAUAGUAUGAAAACUAAUUUUGUACAAAUGGAUGUGAAAACUAUCUUUAUUUUUUUGUGCUAAUCAUAAGGCAUCACAUCUUUUGUUCAUAUAAAAUGACAAGUGAUGAGGGUCUAAUUAACGAAACAAAGGUCCGCUUUUUGGAAGUAAUUUAAAAAGAUAUCAAAAAGGGGAUCAUGGUUUUUGUCAUUUUGAUGGUACAGAUCUAAGCCACUUUGUUUGGUGUUAAGAGAAUUAAAACAAAGAGAAAAACAGUUUGUUUUCACCUGAUGUUGGCAUGAUUUUUUUUAGAUCCAUUUUAUUUAUAAUUUAGACUCUGAGCUGCUUGAGAGGGAAAAAAAAGAGGGCUUUAUUGUCUUUUCAAAAUGCUGUCAUUUGAAAUAAUGUGUUAACAGAGAUCAAUUAUAACAAAUUGAAAGUGUUAUUUGCAUGUUUGAAGAAGAAAUUGUAAGAUGUCUGUGCUUUACAAAUGUAAAGUAUAGACUCCUUGUAGUUUAAACACUGCCCUGAAUUUCCUGAUAAGCAAAUGCAUGAAUUUUCCUGCCUUUGUAUUUAUAAAUACUUUCUCUCUUGGAUCUAAGUUGAUUUUUUUUUUAUAAGUUUCGAUAAAUGACUUUUCCUGUCUGACUUAUUUCGAAAGUACCAGUUUUAUUAUUUUUUUAUGGAGAGCAGAAGAACAGUGGCCUCAUAAAUAAUGCUCAAACAUUUUAAAGCCAUUUUACCAUAGUUGGUCUUGUACAGAGACACAUGAGCACACGGCUGACUAUUGAUGUUUUGUGCACAUGUGAUUCAAUUUUGUAGAAUCUCCUAUACUGUUGAAGACACAUCUUUAGCUUUUUGUUUUUGAAACUAAUGAAAAUAAUGUGUCCUUAUGUAUGUAGAUUAAAAUUCAUUCAAUUCAUUCAUUUAUGUAGUGGGAAAGUGCUUCCACCUAGUGAUGAUUUUGCAUUACAGGGAGAUAGGCUUGAAAAUUAAAAAAACAGGAUAUAUUAUGAAUCACAACGGUCAUUUCUCUAUUUUUCAGUGUGUUAUAGAAUUUUGAACGAAAUUAUUGUAUUUGUUUUAAUUGUUGAAAGGUCAAGUUAAGUUCAUUGAUUUGUUAUUACUGUAAACUGUGUCACUACAGAUCUGGUGGUGUGUAAAGAGGCAAGGCCCAACAAAAGUAGGCCACAUUCUAGUCAUGUAUGUAUGCAUCCCCCAUUGUUCAUCAUGGUUGGUGCAUUAUAGUGCUCUCCUGUAUUCUGCUGAUGCUACCCUGAAUGCAGCCACUGAUGAGCAGUGAUCGAAGGACGCUCUGUCUUCUUCAGUCUUUACAAAAGGACAAAAUACACUUUUGCUGUCUUCAGAAUUUAGAAAUGUUGACAGUUAGUAAUUGUGAUUGUCCCUAAUCUUUUUACAUUUGCUAUGAUUGUCAUGAUAUUACUGUAUAUAUUCUUGUAUUGUACCAUUAGUUCAUUCACAGUAGUGUUGUUGAUUGGUCAUUUCUUAUUGUAGGGGAUGAAGUGUGGUAUGAGAAUAUAUUUUAGAUGCCUCUUGCAAGGUCAGGACAUCAGGUCAGAAAUAUUAAUGAUACAAAACAUUCUAGAAAUAUUGUUUUCCCUAUCUCUUUAUUUUCUGCUUCUCCCUGUCAUGUUUGUCUUUCUCUCAUAUGUGCACAUGUAUGCAGAGUAUUAAGCAUUAAUAAACAAAAAGAUAAGAGCUUAUAGAUAACUCUUUACCAUGCACCCAUCCAUUUCUUUCAGCUGAAUGGAAUUCAGUUUUUUAAAAACUGUUUGAUAAACAUGUAUGACACAUGAUGAUCAUGACAUUUAGAAUGUGUUUGUACAUUGCCACUUUUUGAGGGCCUCAUACAUUGUUGAUACUCACAUUUUUAAGUAUUUGUUAGUGCAGAUAUGAUGUUCUGAUUGUUGUUUUGUUAGACUUUGUGAGCGUUUAUGCUUGGUGCAGGGCUAGGAGUGUUGCUCAGCAAAGCUGAUCUUAGCACUCUUUUAUAUGCCUCUUCAGUGUUCUCCCUGUCCGUCCUUAGAUUCUUUGCUCUUACUACAAUAAGUUUCUUUAAAAGGCAUGCAGCAUUUUUUGUUUAGGUUAUGUGGACGGAGGUUGUCAAUGAAAGAUUGAAGUUUUAACUAAUAAUAUGAAAAAUACUGAUUAUAUGUGAAGUAUUGUAGGAUAUGUGUUAAUAUUUCCGUGAUCUGACAACAACAUGUACUGAGCCUUAGAAGGAACUCACUUUUUGGAGAAUAUCUAGUUUUCAUGGCAGAACUAUCUGCUGCAUGCAGAACUGUCUCUUUUUGAAUUACCCUGUUGCUGACCUAGUUAGCAGAAAUAUUGUUGGAUGUAAGUGGCUUUGCUAAUCCUUUGUGCAGAUUGUGCUUGGAAAUUACUUUGGGAAUAUCCCAAAUAAACUUUUUCAUUAAUGUCACUUUGAAAAUGUCUUCCCAAUUUUUCAUACUAUCCGUCUUUCAUUAUAGAUGACUGUUAGUUGAAGCUCUUAUUAAUUUGUGUGAACGAACUAACAAUGAAGAGAAUGAACACAUAAUGAAGAUGUUUAUGCUGUACUGUCCAAAAGAAUACCUGCAGAUGCAGUUGUAUCCACAUCAUUGUCUCAAGUGUACUACUGAGGAAAUGAAACCUACAGAUUGGUACAUAACAGUUUCUCCAAAAUUGGAUCAAGGAUGAAAAAGCAUGUAGAACAUCAUUUUAAAAGACUUGUGCCUAGUUUCAUGGAAUUAUGGCUGCUGGUAAUUAAGGAUUCUUUUGGCUUGUAUGUAUGUCUGCCUUUACAGUCUGUGUAUCAGCCUGUAUAGCCUGGAUCAAGUAAUGUAAUUUCUUUGGCUCGGUAUGUGUCAAUGUAUGCAUCAGUAGUUUACACAACGUUGUCAUCUUGAUGUUGUACAUUGGUUAGUCUGCUCCAUAACCCUGAUGUUUUCAUCAGGUCAUUGAUGAAAGCAGUUCAUGAUGUGAAAUAAACUGCACUUGUAUAGUCUCAUUCCUUGUAGUUAUUAGGCAGUGCUACUAGUGACAGACAUGUUGAAGAGAGACUGAAUUGUCCAACUGCAGCUGAAACAAGCAUAGCUAAUUCAGUCUUGUUGUUGCCAAAAUGGUUGCAGAGAUAGAACACAUUUCCGGCUUCUUGUGGAAGUUGUUUUAGUCUGAUUUAAAGUCCCAAUCUGUGUUUCCAGUCAUCAUUCAAGAACUGGCCACUGAUGUGCAUAUCAAAUUGUCCAUUUUUAAAAUUGUGUUGUUGUUUUUGAAUAGAUGCUAUCAGAAUUUUGUCAGCACAAGAAAUUCAUGUGUUCUAAAGCUGUUUGUGUGUUCACAUAGCAAAUUGCUUUUUUUCUGAUCAGCACAUUCAGUGUCUUAAAAUACUGUUACUGGUUUUCAUCAAAGUUCAUGAUAUUUAUAUGUUUCAUUUUCAUUCAUUUACAGGGCUGGACCAGAUGGUGACCUUCAAGAAGGGUAUCAAGGAAUUUUUUAAUAUUGUUUGUAGUUCCUCAUCCCUUUCCACCCAUAAAUUGAAUCAUUUUAGGUGCUGGUCUGCAGGACAUGAAAAAUAAAGUGCUGGCUUAACAACAUGGCCAUUUAUAGGCUACUUUUAAAAAGUGCUAGAUUGCCACUCAGAUGCAAGCAGAAGAAAAUUGGUCCACCCCUUGUCCCUGAAAUGAUUGUUAAUGGGAAUAAUUAAUACACAACGACAUUAUGAUUAGAAAAGCCUUUGGAUAGUGAUUGUCACUGUGACAUCUAACCACUCUUCUCUUGUCAAAGCAGUGUAAAAUUGAUGCUUGCCUUGUUAAUUCCAAUAUUUCACAUAGCAUCUCAGUAUCUUUAUUUUUAAUGUGAAUUCUGCAAUACUACUUUUUCAUACGUAUAAAUUACCCGGUUACCCAGGCUACUUCACAUUAACACCAGAGUUAAAUGGGCCAGCAGGUUCUGAACAGGACUGCACAAGAUUGUUUAAAUUCCAGAUGCUUGCACAAAAUGUGUGUUCACUGCAAUAGACGUAUUGCACUCAAAGAAGAAAUGUGUCAGGUUUGUUUCAUUUUUCUUUUUUAAAGCAACAUGAUGACUUUCAGGAUAUAUAUGGGCAAAGACACCUGGAAGAAGAUGCAAUUUAAAUUUUGUUCUUCACACAAGCCUGGCAUUAAUUAUACCUUGAAAAGAUGGAUGUGUUUCCUACUCUGUGAUAAAAGAAAAAAACCAACAAGAGCAAGGAGGCUUUCAUAAAUGAUAAAUAUUGUUUUGCACCAAUAACUUUGUUUUUAAAUGAACUUUGCUUGCUACUAUGCCACAGCAGACAGCAAGAGUGAAAGGCUGCUUAAAUUGGUGAAGUAGAAAUGAGUGUGAUGAAAGGGAUUUUUUUUUUUUGGUGUGGUGGUGGGGGAAGGGAGGGGAGGUGACGGUACUUGAACAUAUGGAGAGGUAGUGGCACAGAAGGGUAAAGCCAUAUCUCUUGGCUGGAUGCAGUUUGUCAGGUGAGGUCAGUCAUUACCAUAUGCAGCUUUUUAUAAAAAGAAAAAAGGACUGGCCUCCCAGCCUUGUUGAAUACCUUCUUGAUGACAGUUAAGUUACUGAAUGAGUAAGAAGUGUAAUGUGUAUGACCAGUGCUCUCAGGAGUCUUGCAGCAUCUCAAAAUUCUUGCCUUUAACCAUGGCGUAGGACAACAACAACUUUUUACUCAACUUUUAAGUUCAGCUAGUUUGUUUUUAAAGAGACUUGCCUUGUUGCUUGAUUCCUGCAGUGUUGCUGGUUUUCAGCUUGAGUGUGUUUGCUGAUUUGAAGUAGGGGUUACAGCUGCGUUAGAUUUAUGUGAUCAAGAAUAUGAACAGACAUCUUAUUUAGGGAGCAUGUGAUCUACACUAUGUACACAGCUCAACCACGUAUAAUAUUGUUGCUCAUCAUGCGUGUACAAUAGGUAAAGUAAAACCAUUAAAGUUCUUCAAUUUAUUGUAGAAUUGGAAGAGUUUAGAUGUCUUGAGAUCUGGAGAAGGAAACAAGAUCCAGAGCUAUUUACCUUACAAUUUCUCAGUAUUUUGCACAAAAAAUGAGGGGAAAUAUGGACAUAAAAGUUUUAAUUUUUAAUAAGAUUUUUUGUAGAGUGCAUUUCUGCCAUAGCUCAAGUCACUGCUGAUUUGCUGCUGUCAGCACUAAACAUAAGCCAAAACAGAAUAGCAGAUGUUUCUGGAUUCUGAUAUGGUGUAGUAAGUCAAACAUGGGUAGAACAAGUGAACUUGCUUUUUCAAAUAGCCAUCAUUUUUAAAUACACUGGCUUGAACAAAGAGGAGACUAUUUUUAUCAAUUUUCUAAUCUUCUCUCCUCUGCUACCUAUAUUGAAUUAUAUUUAACACAAAGUGUUGUUUUUUAACCUUACUUUCUAAAGUUUAGCUACUAAGCCCCCAAAACUGAGUUUCACUGCAAAAUGCUGAAAAUAAAUUCACUGACCACUAACAUCUUCAAUGAUGAGUAAACAACUUUGCAAGAUGCAUGUUCCUUAUACAUUGAGUUUGUACGCUUAACAGAGGUCUUCUGCUUGGGGCCCAUUACACAUUUCAACAUGAAAUGCAUAAUUAGAACAUGGCCAGGAAAGGCUUCCAAAUGUUGAGAUAAGGUAGAUUAACAGAAAAGCUCCAAAUAUAAACCUUCAGCACAAAUGAUGGUAUUGCAUGUAAUUGAUCCUGUAAAAUGCUAACAUGCAGGGUAGGAUGUUUAAAGAAUUCUAGAAGCUUCUAGUUCGUAUUUAUUUUUAUGGUACCUGAUGUUUUAUUUUUGUAUCACAGAAUUUGAUUCACAUCACGCUUUCCAGUUUUUGAGUAAAACAACAUCAAAAAUUACUUCUGUUUUUCAAAAUGCUCAUUGCUUACAUUUUUUAAUACAAUAAUGAAUUGACAGUCAUGUUACCAUUCAUAGCUAACAGUUUGCUUGCAUAAUUGAUGUGUGAAUGUAUGAAGACUGAUAUAAGCAUCAUCUUGAGCAUUUUCUUUAUGCAUGAUGUCAUACUGUGCAAUAGCUGACUACAAACUAGGUCACUCUAUAUUGCAACAAGUACAUACUUCCUAUGAAACAUCUUGUAGAUUAGAUAUUAACAAAAUCAGACUGUCAUCUGAUUUUAUCCCAUACAUUUAUUGAUAUAAAGAGCAGCUUGAAAAAAAUUCAGUAGCAUAGGAUCUCUGAUUUAUGCUACUGCACUAGACACUUUGCAUUCUACUUUUGUGUCUUAUCUUAUCUUUCAUUAGCAAGCUGCAUGUUUUUCAAAAAACCCUCAGAUCAAGCAUUGAAAUUGCCUAUUUUUAAAAACUGUUCAUUUGAAUAGUAAUAUUUAGAACAUACACCUUGUUCAUACAUUUUACCUAUUAGUAAAUUGUAGGGAACAAAUUAGAGGUAUUCCCUCAGAAUCAUUUCAUCACUAUGUGUCUUGUCUUUUUUGCACUGACUUCACUGUUUUGCUUCUUGUGUUAAUACUCUAAGCUGGCUUCAAUAACUAUAUUCAAGAUAUGUUAGUACAGUGGACUCUCAACACUUUGGGAAUGGUCCUUUUGUUCUCACCAGUUUCCAUUUAAACAAUAAGUUACAGAAAUUGGUGGCCUGCUGCCUUUCUAGGCUUUUUAUUAGAAACUCAAUUUUUUCAUGAAAACACUGUAGCUGAAAGAAUUAGUGACAUAUAUUUUCCCAAGUAAAAAUUGUUGUAGUAGUGAAUAAUGCAAGUGAAGUCAUAGCAAUUCUAAAUAUUUUCACAAAUUAUUGUUGCCUCAUCUUGAAAACUGGUGAUUAUUUUAGGGGGAAUAUAUCAAUUGUGGCAAAAAUAUUUUGUUGUGGAAAGACAUUAACAAACUGGUGUAGAUCUUGAAGGCAGAUGUAGACAAAAUAGAAGUUUUCUAGAGAAAAUAGCAGCAGCACUCUUUUCAUUGUAUAUCUACAUUUGCGCUUGCAUCAUGACCUCAUGCAGACUCACCAGUUUUGAAGGGUGACUCAUAAAAGUGAUUGCUUCAGUGUAGGAAAUUAUGCUUCAAAUUUUAGGCACUCUGUUUUUUAUUACUAACUGAAAAGGGAUCUCAUUUGAAUUUGCUUGCCUCUUCCACUCCUUAGUCUAAAAUCUAGACCCUAAAUCUCAAAAUCUUGUAUGUUGUUACACUCAACCUCAAAUGUUAUCAAGUGGUUUAAAAAGAUUUAGAGGUAAUACAGCAAAGGACAGAUCGUACAACAAUAAGAGUUAUGAAAAUUUUAUAGGGAAAUAAUAUGAUUAAAUAGGAUUGUACAACAAUGGCGAAAACAUUUUCCUUAUGCAAGACAAGUGCACCUUACUGUAUAUUACAACUUACAAUUCCAGUUUGAACACUCAAGUUUUUAAACCAGCUGUCACUGUGGGAGUAUCUUUAAGAUUCUUUCGUCUACUUAAUAUGAAAUUUCUGGGGUUUUUGUUUUUUUGGUUGGUUGUUUUAGGUAGUUGAUUUGCCAUGUUUGUGUUUGUCUUAUGGCUGAAGGUUCAUUUUGUGUAAUCUUAGUUGUUAUAUAUGGGGUAGUGAUAGAUGCCAGUCAUUUUAAAACCUUUUAAUGAAUUUUUGGUUUUCAUGUUGAAAGGGACCGCAUUUUUUCUUGUUGAUUUUCAUAGUGAUAUAGAACAAAUGACCACAAACUCUUGUAUUGACCUAUUUUGAAGUCUGUAUUGUGAAAUUGCUAAAAUAGUCUACUUUAUAUAUUUAUGGAAUUUUGGCUGAACAUGUGCUUCCAGCAAUAAAUGCUUACAGUAGAAAA